AUGAAGCCAACAGCCUCUCCUGCUUUCUCCUUGUGGCUGGCUCUCAUUUUGGCUGGAUUCCUUGGCAUACACGUCACUGGCAGUUUGGUGAGAAGUCAGAAGAAUCACACGCUAAUUUUCACUAAGGAGAACACAAUUCGCAACUGCAGCUGUUCCGUGGCUGUCCGUGACUGUGAUUACUGCCUGGCAAACUUGAUGUGCAACUGCAAAACAGUGCUGCCUUCUACCAUGGAAAAAACUACCUACAAUAGCCACCUGACCAUUUGGUUCACAGACACCUCUCUGCUGGAGAUGCUCCUCAACUUCACAAGGGUGUGGGAUUUGAAGCUGUCCUUCUGUGGCACCACUCCUCUCCCAGCGGAAUAUUUGGCCAUUUGGGGACUUCGAAAGCUGCGGGUAAACAAGGUCAAGGGACGAUUUCCAGAGCAGAGUGUAACCAUCUCCUCCAGCAGCAGCAGCAGUGACGACAAAGAAGACUCACUUGCAGUGCACAACAAAGACAGGCAAAUGCUUGCAUAUAUUUCUUUCCUGGAUACCUCGCUUUUCAAUGGAUACUCUUUGUUGAAGUCAUACAGUGUGGAAAAUGUCUCUAGUAUCAUGAAGCACUUUCCCAGUCUGCUGUAUUCUGAUGUUUUCUCAACCUCGGAUAACAAGAGCUAUGUUGUAACAUUCAUUUACUGA